AUGGCUAAUCCAGUAACUAUGCACAAGCUAAUCUCCAUUCUUUUCAUCUUAAUCACUCUUUUCACAUCAAAGGCACUUGCUGACUGUGAAAGCGAAAGCACAAACAGUUGUAACAACAAAGAAAAAGCUAAGACUAUUAAAAUCAUAGCAAUAUUUGUAAUACUGGUAGCUAGCAUGAUUGGAGUGUGUUUACCCUUGGUGUCACGUUCCGUCCCGACUUUAAGCCCGGACGGAAACGUGUUCCUGAUCGUCAAGUGUUUUGCGGGUGGCAUUAUUCUUGGGACUGGAUUCAUGCACGUACUUCCUGAUUCUUUUGAGAUGUUGAGAUCAGAUUGUUUGCCGGAGGAACCGUGGCACGAGUUUCCGUUCUCUGGACUCGCCGCUGUGUUCUCUGCUGUGAUUACAAUGAUGGUGGAUACUGUGGCUACUAGCUACUAUAGUCAGAAGGGUAAGAAAGAUGGGACAGUUUCAGCUGAAGGUGGGGGAGAUCAAGAGACGGGUGAUGUCCAUGCUGGUCACCAUCACCAUUUUGAGAUGAAGACAGAAGGUGAAGAGUCACAGCUUCUGCGUUAUCGCGUAGUCGCCAUGGUAUUAGAACUUGGAAUCGUAGUUCAUUCGGUGGUGAUAGGACUUUCCCUGGGCGCCUCGAGUAACACAUGCUCAAUAAAAGGUCUAGUUGCCGCACUUAGCGCUCAUCAGCUCUUCGAAGGCAUGGGUCUCGGUGGUAGCAUUCUUCAGGCGCAGUACAAGUUUUUGAAGAAAGCUAUAAUGGUAUUUUUCUUCUCAGUUACAACACCAUUUGGAAUUUCAAUAGGAAUUGCAAUGUCUAGUACUUACCAAGAGAACAGUCCAAAAGCACUUAUUACUGUUGGAUUGCUUAAUGGAGCAUCGGCUGGUCUUUUAAUUUAUAUGGCUUUGGUUGAUCUUCUUGCUGCUGAUUUCAUGAGUAAGAGGAUGCAGAGUAGUAUUAAGCUUCAAUUGAAAUCUUAUAUGGCUGUAUUUCUUGGCGUUGGUGGCAUGUCUCUCAUGGCUAAAUGGGCUUAAAUUAU